UUACAGGAGGGUGCAACUCCGCAGCCGCAAGCCUUCGGCCACUCAACGGCUCGCCUGUGCAGCCGCGCCAGGGGCUGACGGUCCGCCUCAAGAGCUCUCUAUUCCAUCACGAGGCGGAGGCCGAGACCGGCGCGCUAUUCUCUCCUCCCCUUGCCUCCGGGAACAAAUGGGAUAUUCACGAAGGGUAACUCCUCCAAGGGCAGCGUCGCUUGCAAGCCGCUUUAUAAAGGUGGCUCGUCCAUCCCCACGCCGUCGUUGCCCACCAGCUGAUGCCGCCGGGGCGAAGGGGCAAAAAUGAGGGAAGCCGCCUUCUCGUGCUCCUGGGCCGUGGCCGUCUUCCUGGUGCUUACAGCCGCUCAGCCCUUCGACAACAAGCAGCUGCAGAGACCGAGGUCUUUUAAAUGUGGUGGUACUCUUACUGCAGCCUCAGGAUUUAUUGGGAGUGAAGGAUUCCCAGGAGUGUACCCUCCAAAUAGCAAAUGUACUUGGAAGAUCACGGUUCCUGAAGGGAAAGUGGUUGUUCUGUCCUUUAGGUUCCUAGACUUGGAAAAUGACAACCUAUGCCGGUACGAUUUUGUGGAUGUAUACAGCGGGCAUGCCAACGGACAGCGUCUCGGCAGGUUCUGUGGCACUGUGAGACCUGGUGCUCUUGUGGCAAACAGUAAUAAAAUGUUGGUGCAAAUGGUUUCAGAUGCAAAUACAGCUGGAAAUGGCUUUGUUGCAAAGUUUUCUUCAGCAGAACCGCAUGAAAGAGGAGACCAGUACUGUGGUGGACGACUGGAUAAGCCUUCUGGGUCCUUUAAAACCCCUAAUUGGCCUGAUCGAGAUUAUCCAGCAGGAGUAACCUGUGCGUGGCACAUUGUGGCUCCAAAGAAUCAGUUAAUAGAGUUAAAGUUUGAAAAAUUUGAUGUGGAGAGAGAUAACUACUGCAGAUAUGACUAUGUAGCCGUGUUUAAUGGAGGUGAGAUUAAUGAUGCUAGAAGAAUUGGAAAAUACUGUGGAGACAGUCCACCAGCGCCUAUUAUAUCAGAGAGAAAUGAGUUGCUUGUUCAGUUUUUGUCCGAUUUAAGUUUAACUGCUGAUGGCUUCAUUGGACACUACAAAUUCAGACCCAAGAAAUUACCAACAACCCCAUCAUCAACAACUACAACACUCCCCGCCACCACAACUUUGAAGCCUACAGUUGCCCUGUGCCAGCAAAAAUGCAGGAGGAGUGGAACUCUUGAGAGCAAUUACUGUUCAAGUAACUUCGUAAUAACUGGAUCUGUUAUCACAACCAACACCAGAGGUGGAAGCUUGCAUGCAACAAUAGCAAUCAUUAAUGUAUACAAAGAAGGAAAUUUAGCAAUCCAGCAAGCAGGCAAAAAUAUGAGUGCCAAGAUCAUAGUUGUCUGUAAACAGUGUCCUCUUAUCAGAAGAGGUCUAAAUUAUGUCAUCAUGGGCCAGGUAGAAGAAGAUGGCAGAGGUAAAAUCCUGCCCAGUAGCUUUACAAUGAGUUUCAAGACUAAGAACCAAAAGAUCCUGAAUGCCUUGAAAAAUAAACAGUGUUGAAAGGUACAUUUCUGCAACUUUUCCUGUCAUAUAUCCUCCAGAGUAUCUACUUUAAAAAAAAAUGGAAUGGAAGAAACUGACUUUUUGAAAGUUGAUGUACAAGCUGGAAUUUUUCAGCUAUGCAGUUCUCAUUGACACAUGCUGUGUAUUUUAUUUUUAAAAAAUGUAUUUUUAACACUAUUUUUUUAUUUCAAAACUUUUUUCAGCUGUGCCAGCCAACCAGAAAUGUAUCAGAUUUCCAUUACACCAAGCUCUUAAUUUAUAUUUCUCAGAAGAAUUUUUAAAAACUGAUAUGGUGAUACAAGUGCAAUAUUUAUAUUAGUUCAACUAUGUUUCAGUAGACAGUUAUAUAUGCUUAAUAAAAAGCUUUUGAAAGAACUAUGCUAUAAGUACUUUAAACAGCGAGAAUAAGGUAUUUUUAAAAAACAGAAAUAUC